AUGGAAUUGUCUGCUCCAUUGGCUCAACGACACUCGUUUAUUCUUCUUAGCAAGCUGAAGUACACUGGUGUCCAAAGAGCUGCUAAAUCAUCUAUCGCUACAGAAGCAAUAAUGGAUAACCUCCGGAGCGUCUCUUUUCUUUCCCCUACCAAAGACAACUUUUCGAUCUGCGACUCGGAACGUGUCGAAUCGGACGAUAGCCAUACACUCGGUCCCUAUGAGGAUACCUACUCAUGGGCAUCCUCAGCCACAAGCUUACUGCGAGAAAAUGUUGAAUACCGACACGGUCGUUUGGUCGGCGCAACCUUAUCCGUCUUGGUUAAGAGAAUGACUCCGGUCAAUCCUCCCGUUGAUCCAACGUUGUCGAAAGUUUUUUUCCUCACCUUUCGGCAUUUUUCUACUCCUAAAGAUCUUGCCAACGCUCUCACGGAUCGCUACAGUCUAACGCCCCCUGCUAACCUAUCGCAAGGGGAUUAUGACUACUGGCAACGAGAAAUCGGCAUUCCGAUACGUCGCCAAGUUUACAAGGUCAUUAACACUUGGCUAGAGGUGUACUGGCUUCCAGAGGUAGACGAACCCGCCCUCCCGAUCCUAAAAGCAUUGCUAAGUAGGCGUAUGAAGAGAGAUACGUCCUCUUGGUCAGCGCACAUGGCCAAGAAUAUGUUGCAUAAACGUACUCCAAGCGAUGCCACCACCAUCAUAGAUCCAACACUUUCGAAUCCGGGUUUUUUCAUCAACAAUCUUUUGGGAAACGAGAGGCAACCGAUUCGAAUGUCCAACAGACUUCGUUCCCGCUUGCGCAAAGGGAAAUUCAAAAGAAUCUCUAUCCGAGACUUUAAUGCGCUGGAGCUCGCACGCCAACUGACUAUCCUAGAAUCAGAGCUUUUUUGUGCAGUACGGCCGGAGGAUAUUCUGCGGACAGGAGCAGAUGAAGCCCCAUCGCCAAAAAGCAUACAAGCCAUCAAUCAAUUCGCCACCAUUCUCACACGUUGGGUGACGACGAGCAUUAUCACUAAGCGCUAUUAUUUUGCUGCCCGGGCAUCGAUGAUUAAGUUCUUUGUCCAGGUCGCCGCAACUGUUAAGCCCGUCUACCUCGAUACAGAACUGUGCGACGCUAAACAACUUGAGUACCUCAUGCUCUAUACUGGCUGCACUGGACUCAAGUCAAGUCUCCAGAUUGAAAUGGGCCUUUAA